AUGGCUUCCAAGACCUUUGCGCGCACAUUGCGCACUGCCUCCAAGCAGAAAAUCAGCACGCCCACCGUCCAGAAACGCUCCAUCGCUUCGGCGUUGGCGACCAGACCUCUUGUUGCUGCCACGCAGCGCCCUUCGUUCGCAGCUCCUGCCCAGCAGCAAAAGCGCGGUAUCAAGACCAUCGAUUUCGCUGGCACGAAAGAAACUGUCUAUGAACGGGAAGACUGGCCGCGUGAGAAGCUUCUUGACUACUUCAAGAACGAUACGCUUGCUCUGAUCGGCUAUGGCUCGCAAGGCCAUGGUCAAGGUCUUAACCUCCGAGACAAUGGCUUGAACGUCAUCAUCGGCGUUCGCAAGAACGGCGCCUCGUGGAAAGAGGCGGAACAAGACGGCUGGAUCCCAGGCAAGAACCUGUUCGAGGUGGACGAGGCUAUCGAUCGGGGAACCAUCAUCAUGAACCUGCUCAGUGAUGCUGCGCAGAGUGAGACCUGGCCCGCCAUCAAACCAAAGUUGACCAAGGGCAAGACUCUGUAUUUCUCCCACGGCUUCUCCCCCGUCUUCAAAGACCUCACGAAAGUGGACGUCCCCAAGGACAUCGACGUCAUCCUCGUCGCACCCAAGGGCUCCGGCCGAACCGUUCGAAGCUUGUUCCGUGAGGGCCGGGGCAUCAACUCCUCCAUCGCCGUCUACCAGGACGUGACUGGAAAGGCUGAAGAGAAGGCCAUUGCCCUUGGUGUCGCCAUUGGCAGCGGUUACCUGUACAAGACCACCUUUGAGAAAGAAGUCUAUUCCGAUCUUUAUGGUGAACGAGGAUGCUUGAUGGGCGGCAUCCACGGCAUGUUCCUGGCCCAAUACGAGGUCCUGCGCGAACGUGGCCAUUCUCCAUCCGAGGCAUUCAACGAGACCGUCGAGGAAGCCACUCAAUCCCUGUACCCACUCAUCGGCGCCAAUGGCAUGGACUGGAUGUAUGCCGCUUGUUCAACCACCGCCCGUCGCGGUGCGAUCGACUGGUCGAGCAAGUUCAAGGACACCCUCAAGCCUCUCUUCAAUGAGCUCUACGACAGCGUGAAGAAUGGCACAGAGACCAAGCGCAGCUUGGAGUUCAACAGCGCACCUGACUAUAGAGCAAAAUACGAGAAGGAGAUGCAAGAUAUCCGGGAUUUGGAAAUCUGGCGUGCCGGCAAGGCUGUUCGGUUCGUGAAUUCACUGCCCCUCUCGCAUGUAUACGAGGCCGCUUGCUAA